GAGUUCGUAUAUGGUUUCGUUUUAGAAAAACUAAGCAACCGAACGAACGAAUGAAUUCGUUUAUUUUUAUUUUUCACUUGAACAUUUUGUGGUGAUCUGCAUGAAAUACAAUUUUAACGUGCGAGAUAUUAUUCUUAGCAUAUAUACUGUUUCUGCACAUUAUACAUAUGUGUAUAUCGAACGAUACAAAAAGAAUAUAGAGUGAUAAUUACCAAGUGGUUUCGAGAAAUCGUUGAAGGAUUCAAAUUACCGAACCCGGAAGAGGAUAGUGCAAAAGGGACACCAUAAAAAUAACAAAAAAAAAUUAAUCAACUAGAAACAAACAGUUGGAACUCAGUAAUGAGAGACGAUCGAUAUCAGAACAAUUAUAAUAAAUCAAUCAAUACCGUUGAGUGACAAUAUACUUUUUUUUCAUUCAAGAAUUAUUUGAAACGUAAUUGGAGAAAAGUCGAACAAUUUUCUUUCGUUUAGCUGUGUGCUUUUUUAUCGAUUUUUUUCCCUUCUUUUAUUGACAUAGACUCUUGUUCAUGUUUUACGAUUCAAAACUGUGUAAAAACAUUACUCCAUUUAUUAGUCGUUUUUGUGAAUGUAUUUGUGUUUACGGUAUAGAUUAAACUAUUCGAUAACUGUUGUGUUGAUAACAUUCAACUAUUUACAUUAAACGACGAAACGAAGGCAAUAGCAUUUGAAAUCGAAUCAAUUUCUAUAUCCACGAAUAGCGAACAAUUUUUUUUUUUCGUUUCAUUUUGUGGUGCAUUUUACCGUUUGUUUACAUGUUUCGAUUUUAUGGACACUAAGUAAAUAAUAAUGAUCGAUAAUAAUCAAUUGUUUGAGUCGUUUUGCUUGAUUGGAUCCCAUUCGAACAGCAAUCACGAUGAAGAUUAUAGUGCCGAAUACGUCUAGUUCAUUCUUCCCAAAGUUGAACUUUAAUCACAGUUGCAAAGAUGAAGAUGUUGUUGAUAACAAAACAAAUGAAUCAAUGAAAGAAAGUCCAUCAUCAGCUCCCGUAUCACCGAAUACAUCAUUUAUAACAACUCCAACAAUUACAAACAAUACAAGCAUGUCGACCACUGAUAUGAAUCUCGAAGAAAAUCGCCUAAAAACAUUCGAUGAUACUUGGCCGCACAGCUACAUUCGGCCACGCAUACUUGCUAAAAUUGGCUUUUAUUAUCUUCGACCAAAUGGUCCAAACGAACCAGAUGAUCGUGUCAAAUGUAAUUUCUGCAAAGUCGAAGUACAACAAUGGGAACCAAACGACAAUGAAAUUGGCGAACAUCUAAAACAUUCAUCAAAUUGCCCAUUGCUUAGACGAAACGAAACACCAAAUGUACCAAUCGAUGCAGCUGAGCUGGAUCAAUUGUUACCACCAGUUAGCUAUGAUGUGUGCGGAACAUAUGCAAUCGAUCGACGACCGGAUGCAUAUCCCGAAACACCAUUUCCACCAACACCAAGCGUCGAUAUUGUUGAAAAUACCAGCAAUAUCGCACACACAACAAAUUCAACCGUUGAACGAGAAACACAAACGCUUAGACAUCCCGAUUAUCCUGAAUAUGCUAUCGAAACGGCACGCUUACGAUCAUUCGAUGAGUGGCCAAAAACAAUGAAACAAACGCCACAACAAUUAAGUGAUGCCGGUUUCUUUUAUACACGCGUUGGUGAUCGUGUGAUAUGCUUCAGCUGUGGUGGUGGUUUACGCGGUUGGGAAGAAGAUGAUCAGCCAUGGGAACAGCAUGCAUUAUGGUAUGGAAAAUGUGAUUAUCUUCGGCUUGUCAAAGGACCCGAAUAUGUUGAAACGAUUAAAGCAAAAUUCAUGGCACAAAAUGAACAAAACAACGGUAGCCUAUCGUCAUCGUCAUCGUCACAAGAAUCGGUUGCAUCGUCAUGCAGUAGUGGUUGUAGCAGCAGCAGUAGCACCGCUUCAUCAACAUCAUCGACACCAAUCAAUUCACAAUCAUGUGGCGAUCGAGACGAACAAACCCCGGAUAAAAAGAUAUGCGAAUCGAGACUGUGCAAAAUCUGCUACUCGAGUGAAUAUAAUACAGCAUUUUUCCCAUGCGGACAUGUGAUCGCCUGCGCAAAAUGUGCUUCGUCUGUAACCAAAUGUCCAAUGUGUCGAAAGCCGUAUGAACGUUUGAUGCGAGUGUAUUUCUCCUAGGCCACCCAAACCAUUUAAAUAACUACACUUAUGUUAGUCAUUAUGAUAAUAGUUAUUAAAAAAAAUAUAUACUUGAUCAAACCAAUAAAUAUUUGCUCAAGUCA